AAUCAAUAUAAUUGUGUAAGUAAAAUACAUUGAAACCAUUGAAUCCAACGUUCUUACAGAAAACAAUCCUCUUGUUUUUCCUCUGCAAAUAAACACCAUCUCCUUCCAUGGGCUCCUCCUUCUCCCUCUUUACCGAUGUUGGACCGAUCCCGCCUCAGUAUCAAGUGUUCAUCAACUUCCGAGGCGAAAAACUUCGUGAUGGGUUCCUAGGGUUUCUUGUAGAUGCUCUUUUAAAAGAGAAUGUCAACGUCUUUAUAGAUGAUCAUGAGCUUAGAGGGAGAGAUCUUGAUCAUCUCUUCAGUAGGAUCGAGGAAUCGAGAGUCGCAUUGACAAUCUUCUCCAAGAACUUCACCGAGUCAAGAUGGUGCUUAGAUGAGCUUGCUAAGAUCAGAGAAUGCGUGGACCAAGGAAGUCUUACAGUGAUUCCUAUCUUCUUUAAGAUGAAAACAGACGAUGUGAAGAAACUAAAAGGAAAGUUCGGAGACAAUUUCCGGGACCUGAAGUCAACGCAUCGCGGCGAGCCAGAAAAUUUUCGGAGAUGGAAGGAAGCUUUGAUUUUUGUUUCAGAAAAAGCUGGCUUGUCUUCAUCACGAUACAGGAACGAGAGGGAGCUCGUUGAAAAGAUCGUUGACUCGAUCAAACGAGUGCUUGCUAUUUCACUGGGAAGCAGAGUAACAGAGUAUUUGAACGGGAUCUCAAAAGCCUCAGGGGCAGAGAAUGUAGACACAUUUUCUCUAGGCUCCUAUGAGUUUCCAUAUUCUUCCCUUGAAAUAUCAGUCACCGAUGUUGACUAUGGAAUGACUCCGCUUAAGCGCCAAGCCAUGAUUGACGAGUUAUGCAGAGUAGGAGGAGAACAUCUCAAUGACAUCUCUACUUUGAGUUCAAAUGGUAAUAUUUCCUCUGGACACAUCGAACAGUCUCCACCCCACUACGGAAUAGAACUGCGCCUUAAGGAACUAGAAGGAAAGAUACAAUUUGAUUGCGUAGAAACUAUGAUUGUUGGAAUUGUUGGGAUGCCUGGGAUUGGUAAAACCACUCUUGCGGAAACAUUGUAUAGGAAGUGGGAACACAAGUUUGAGAGGAGCAUGUUUUUCCCAGAUGUCAGUAAGAUGGCGAGUCAACCAGGAUUGCAGAAGAGAUUAUUGGAAGAGCUGUUGAAGGAUAUUCAUUACAAGACAGGAUAUACAGAGAAUGAACAUGAGUUUUGUAAGGAUGAUCUUCUCGAAAAGAAAGUUUUUGUUGUUAUAGAUGAUGUUAGUAGCAAGGAACAGCUCAAAUCUCUUUUUGGUCAAUGUGAUUGGAUCAAAAAAGGUAGCAAGAUUGUUAUUACAUCAAGUGAUAAGUCACUGCUCAAGGAACUGGUUGACGAUACCUAUGUAGUCCCAAGGUUGAACAGCAGAGACAGUUUACUGUGGUUUACCAAUCACGCCUUUGGUUUGGAUGAUGCCGAGGGAAACUUCGUAAAGUUGUCCACACACUUUCUGAAUUAUGCCAAAGGCAACCCACUAGUCCUCAGAGCUUUUGGUGUAGAACUUCGUGGGAAAGACGAGGCUUAUUGGGAACAGAGGAUUGGAACACUGGCACAAAGCUCCAAUAAGAUGAUCCAAUAUGUCUUGAGAAAAAGAUAUGAUGAACUCACAGAGAGGCAAAAAGAUGCUUUUCUUGACGUUGCAUGUUUCUUCAAAUCAGAGAAUGUAAGUUAUGUACGAUGCUUGGUAAAUUCAUGUGAAUCUAAGUCUACUAUGGUUUGGCAUGACAUAAGAGAUCUCCAAGACAAGUUUCUCGUCAAUAUUUCUGGUGGUCGAGUUGAGAUGCAUGAUAUAGUAUGUACAUUCGCUAAGGAAAUUGCUUCACAAGCAUUGACCGAAGAAAAUACAAAGGUUCAUCUCAUGCUCCGGAACUAUCAAGAUAUCAUUUGUUGGCUGAAGAAUAAAUUGGAAAUGAAAAAUGUCAGAGGUAUAUUCUUAGACAUGUCUGAAGUUCCGGAGGAAACGAUAUUUGAUUCUCACAUCUUUAGCAAAAUGUGCAAUCUUCGAUAUCUCAAAAUAUGCACUUCUGCCUGCCCUAAGCAAGGCGAAGGUAUCUUCACAUUUGACAUCUAUAAGGAAAUUCGCUUACCAUUACAUAAGGUACGGUAUCUCCACUGGAUGAAAUAUCCAUGGGAGAAACUGCCAUCAGACUUCAACCCGAAGAAUCUUGUUGAUCUUGAACUGCCUUAUAGCUCCAUUAAGCAAGUUUGGGUGGGUGUAAAGGAUACCCCAAAACUAAAGUGGGCCAAUCUCAGCUAUUCAAGUAAGUUGACUAACCUUUUAGGGUUGUCAAAUGCUAAAAAUCUUGAAAGAUUGAAUCUUGAAGGUUGCACAAGUCUGCUUAAACUGCCCCAAGAGAUGGAAAACAUGAAAAGUCUUGUCUUCCUGAAUAUGAGACGUUGCACGAGUCUCACAUUUCUUCAAAGAAUGAAUAUGAGUUCUCUGAAAAUUCUCAUACUCAGUGACCACAUGGUACUCAGGGGGACGGCUUCCUCGGAAAAUCUGGAAGCAUUAUAUUUAGAUGGAACUGCAAUAAAGGGACUCCCUCCAGCCACCGGGGAUCUGAUGAGACUUGCCAUCUUAAAUAUGAAAGGAUGUACAGAACUAGAGAGUCUUCCCAAACAUCUUGGAAACCAGAAAGCUCUUGAAGAACUCAUAUGCUCUGGCUGUUCAAAGCUCGGGAGUGUUCCAAAGGACGUAGAAAACAUGAAACAUUUACGGAUCUUAUUGCUUGAUGGCACAAGAAUCAAAGAGAUCCCGAAGAUAUACUCGUUGCAACAUUUAUGCUUAAGUAGAAAUGAUGCAAUGGUCCAUCUGCAAGGUAAUCUCAGUCAAUUCUAUCAUCUCAAAUGGCUUGUCUUGAAGAACUGCGAGAAUCUCAGAUAUCUUCCAACGCUUCCACCAAAUCUUGAGUUCUUUGGGGCACAUGGCUGUAAGAGACUGGAAACAGUGGCGAACCCAUUGUCCCUUAGUAUGAUGUCUGAGCAGAUCCGUUCCAGUUUCCUUUUUGUUAAUUGCAACAAUCUUGAACAAGAUGCAAAGGAGUCAAUCUCAUCCUAUGCGAAAUGGAAAUGCAACAGACUUGCACUUGAAUUCUACGAUAAGGACUUGAUUUCAGGAGCUUUGUUCAACACUAGCUAUCCUGGAUUUGAAGUCCCUUCAUGGUUCCACCACCAAGCAGUUGGAUCAGUCUUAGAGCCAAUGCUGGAACCACAUUGGUGUAACAAUAGGCUUUCCGGGAUUGCUCUAUGCGCAGUUGUCUCAUUCCAUCAGAACCAAGAUCCGAUCAUUGACAGUUUCUCUGUAAAAUGCACACUGCAUUUUGAAAAUGAAGAUGGGUCUCGUAUCCGCUUUGAUUGUGAUGUUGGAAGUUUGCCCGAACCUGCAGGAAGGCUUGCGGCAGACCAUGUUUUUAUCGGCUAUGUCAGUUUCUCACACUUUACAAAACGUUUAGAGGAUCACUACUCUGGUAACUCUAUACCUACAAAGGCUUCUCUGGAGUUCUACUUGACUGAUGCCUCUAAUAGUGAAGUGGUGGAUUGUGGGUUAAGUUUGAUGUAUACAGAGUCAGAGAUGUGUUUGAACGAGCAUCAAAAGAUGCACGAGCACGUAAAACAAAGCAACCUCAAGGUGAUACCUGUCUUCUACGAUGUGAGCAUAAGCGAUGUAAAGAACCUCGAGGGUGAAUUCGGUAAUCAUUUCGAGGAAAUGAAGAUGAAAUAUGCAAAUGAUCCACUCAAGAUCUUGAAUUGGGAGAAUUCAUUGAGUUCAAUAGUAGAGAGGACCGGCUUAACCUCAGAAGAACACGGAACAGGUUUAGGUCUGGUCAUGGCAAUCGUUAGGGCGGUUAAGAGCGAGCUAACAGACUCUCUAGAAAGAAGAAAGAUUAUGAAAGGACAAGUGUUUGUUUUGGCUUCAGCUGCGGUUUUUAUCUUUAGUCUCUUUGUAGCUCGUUUACUUUGCACUGAUGUGAAAGUUUACAAAGCUGUUAAGUGUUUACUAGGUUUUCCGGUUUUGGUUGGUGUCUUGCACCAGCUUUAUUGUUUACGGAAACAUCCGAACAGAUAACUUCUUGAUUGAUCACCAUUUCGUGGUUGAAUGGUUUCGCGCUGUUUGGUUGAUCACCAUUACGUCUCUGUUUAAUUGUUAUUUACCUGUAUUACUCUGCUUUUGUCCGCAAGCUUAUAUGAGAAAGACAGUUUCAUGUA